GUUUUAGCUGCUGGAGUUACUUGUAAUGGCUGCUAUAGCGGAUAGAAUGAGCAAUGUUAUCUUACAAAUAUUUCAGGAACUUAAUUAUGCACAAGUUACAGACUCUGAUGACAUUGUUAAGGUAUGGCUUUCACAACAUAACAGCCCUGUGGGAUUUUUGAUGGAUGGUUGUCUGGAACAACCCAAUGAAAGGGAAUUGAAAGGUAUUAUAAAUCCUUGUACAAAAAUAGAGCUAGCUAAAGUUUUUUUGGGUAAAGAAGAAGAUAUUGAAACAGCCAUCUCUAUUGCAAGAAGGGCUCAGGAAGAAUGGUGUUCACAGCCCAAAAAACGAUCGAGAAUUUUGUACAGCAUUGCAAGAAAUAUUCAGAAACACCAACGUCUCAUCACAUUAGUAGAAAAUAUUACAAGUUGUAAACCUGGACAUCAAGUCCGUGAUGUAGACAUCCCUUAUUUGAUUCGGAACUUGUACCACUUUGCAGGUUGGCCUUUGAUCUCCACAAACCUGGAUGAUUGUUGGAAGCCAUUUGAGGUUACAGGAAUAAUGAUUCACAAAGAUUUAAACUCAUUGAGUAUAAUUCCAUGGAGAAUGGUGGAAGCUCUUGCUGUUGGAAGCAGUGUUGUUGUUUUGGCAAGUCCUGAGUGCUAUCUGUCUGCUUUACUCUUUGCUGAAGUUUGUAUCUCAGCUGGAUUACCACCAGGUUUACUUAAUGUAAUUGCUAGUGAUGAACUAGGCUUUGAAAAGUUGUCAUCAAGUCCAAAUAUAGAAAAACUUGUGUUUAUUGGAUCAACCCAGAUGGCAAAAUCUAUCCGUAAAGUGUCAGCAGGAUGUGGGAAAGAUCUUUCCCUUCAUCUUUGUAGUCGGCCAGUGGUCAUUGUGUUUGACUCAGCAGAUCAAGACAGUGCUAUUGAAGGAGUGAUUGAAACUAUGAUAAUUAACAAUGGCAAGACAGGAGUCAAAGUCUUACUUCAAGAAUCCAUCUUUAACAAAUUCCAUUCUAAGCUUAAAGACCGUUUUAAACGAUUGCGUGUAGGUUCUUGUAUGGACAAGAAUGUUGACAGUACCUUGGUUACUGAAACAGCUUCUAAAGAGUACUUGAUCAAACUUGUAGAUGCAGCACAGCUGGAAGGAGCAGAGAUAUUCCAAGUACAUCCUGUGGGUGAUUCUGGAUUUCCACCAACAUUAAUAAGCAAUGUCCAGACAUCCUCUAUAUUAACCAUAAAGGAGUUUGUUCCAGGUCCAAUUCUCAUCUUGCUUCCUUUUAGAACACCAAAAGAAGCUAUUGCCCUUGCAAAUAAUAGUUUGUCUGGUCUCUCAGCAAGUGUGUGGACAGAAAAGAUAUCUCUUGCUUUAGAAGUUUCACGUUAUCUUAAGGUUGGAACUGUAUGGAUCAAUAGUCAAAACAUGCUCGAUGCUGCAGCUGGAUUUGGUGGUUGCCGUGAGAGUGGGUAUAGUCGAACAGGAGGAAUGGAGGGUUUAAUGGAGUUCAUGAAGCCAAACUGGCAAAUCAGUUUUAAUAAUGGAGGACAAGUUGACCAGAAAUUUGGCCAGGCAUCUAUAAAUAAAGAUUUACUACCAUCAUUUCAACCUGAUGAAACUACUUUUAAACUGGGUGUUGAUCAUACAUACAAACUGUAUUAUGGAGGAGCUCAGAAAAGACCAGAUGGGAAUUCAUCACGAGCAGUAUAUAAUUCCAAAGGCAAAGUGAUUGCCUAUGUUCCAGAUGCAGGAAAAAAGGAUGUUAGAAAUGCAGUAGAAGCAAGUCUUAAAGGUCAACCAAGCUGGGAGAAACGACCAGGUCACAGUCGAGCACAGAUAUUGUAUUACAUUGCCGAGAACAUGGAACAAAGAAAGAAUGCUUUUGUGGCUCAAUUAGAAGAGAUGUCAGGGAAAACAGAAGAAGAAUGCCUCCAAGAAGUAGAUCAGUGUGUUUCAAGUUUAUUUACUUUUGCAUCAUGCUGUGACAAGUUUGGGGGAACUGUCCAGGAAACUCAGCUCUAUGGAAUGGUAAUAACAUCACAAGAAGCAGUGGGUAUCAUUGGUAUAAUCUGUCCUGAAGAGUGCCCUCUGUUGGCAUUUGUAACUCUUGUUGCUUCUGCAAUUGCUCGAGGAAACUCUGUCAUUGUUGUUCCAAAUGAAAAACAGCCAUUGGCAGCCCUUGAUAUGUAUCAGGUUUUUGAUACAUCAGAUGUUCCACCAGGUGUUAUAAAUAUCCUUACUGGCUCUCAAGAUCAUCUGGCACGUUGCUUAGCUGAACACCAAGACAUUCAGUCAAUAUGGUAUUAUGGCUGUUCUCCAGAUGGAGCUGCAGUUGUAGAGCAUGCUUCUUCACAAAACUUCAAACGCACUUGGGUCGGUUCCAUAAACAUGCAGAUGUGGUACAAACCCAGUGAAAUCUGUGUGAAGUUGAUGAAGGAGGCUUGUCACAAUAAAACACUUUGGAUACCAAUGGGAGAAAUUUUUGCCAAUUAAAAUUUUAAAUUUGUGAAAUUUUAAAAACUAUAAUUUCCAUUUUUUGUUUCUAAACAUUAUGAUAAUUUGUAGUCAACCCCCCAUCAUAUCGUGUAUGUUUUUGCUUAAAGUUGUAUGUCAGCAUGUUUAAUGCAUUUAUAUAGAACCAUCAUUUCAAUGAUUAUCAAAUUACAUUAAAGCUUAGAUACAAAAGAAAAUUAAUAACGAGAUGUAAGAUAUAGUUAACAGUGUUAGUAACAAUGUGAGGCAUAACUGUACAAAUCAGUAUAAACACAUUUUAUUAAUCAUAUGAUGUUGUUCAUAUCAGGCUUACAGAGUUACACUAACAUACAAUGUAAAGUAGAAAUUAAGUUUUAUCAGCUGUUCAACAAGUCAUAAGGUCAAAGACCAGUAAAAUAGUGUACAUGUAAGGGUAAUCACCAGGCCAUGCUCAGACAGGUAGGAUAGUGUACUUGUAAGGUUUUGACAUAAACCUGUUGAUGAUCUAAAAAUAAUUGUAGAAUAGUGUACACAUAGGCUAAAUGACCAUACCUAAUUUUGAACUGCUGACCAGAGGAAGGGAAGCUGGUCAGCAACUUCCACCACCACACACACUUUCUAGCCCUUGGAUUCAAAUAAUGGGAUUGUCUGUCAUUUUCAUAAUGUGAUCACAGCUAAACGUGCAGAUGUCCAGUUGAUUGAGGCUUCCAUUCUGAAUUGUAGCCCACUAGCCAACAGGCCUAGAAGAAUAUUGUAUAUGUAAGGCUUGUACAUCUAUUUUUAGAUCUAAUUAUAGUUGCAGAAUGUUGUACGUGCAAGGCUUAUAUAUAUAUAUAUUGCAUAUUAUAAAAUCUAGUAUUAAUUGUUGAAUAUUGUACAGAAAGUUUUAAGUUCUAAUAGUAUCUGAAUAUAUAUAUGUUAUACAUAACCUCAGAUGUAAAGGAAGUCAAGGGCAUAUUUUUAGAUCUAACUAUAGUUGUAAGAUGUUGUAUGAGCAAGGCUUAGAUGUACUGCGUGUUCUAAGAUAUGGUAUUAAACAUUGAAUAUUGUACAGAAAGUUUUACGAUGUAAUGCUAUACAUAGGCUUAUAUGUAAAGAAAGUAAAGGAUAUAAUUUUAAUUGAACAUUGUUUUACAUAUACAUGUUGGUUUUGGAAUUACAGCAUAUCUCUAGAUAAUAUAGAAGUCAUAAGUUUGAUAAAUAGCAAAUUUGAGACUUAUAUUGAUUAAAUGGUCAAAGUUAAGUUGCAUUAAAUUAUGUAUUCUUGGCAUUAUUUACUGACCACAAUGUAAAUUAUGAAACUAUUUGAUAUAUAUCAACAAACCAUUUAUAUUGAGAGUUACUAAAGGUGUAUCAGCCUUGUACUGUUAUGUUAGGGAUAAAUUACAGUACACAGACUUUAAUCAACACAUUUCAUAGAGUGAUGAAAGAUACAGUAUAAGUAUUGCAAGGUGUAAGUGCUUUACAAAUUAAACCAUGUUAUUCAUUUCACAAUGACAUGGACACAGACUUUAAUCAACACAUUUCAUGGAUUGAUGAAAGAUACUGUAUAAGUAUUGCAAGGUGUAAGUGCUUUACAAAUUAAACAAUGUUAUUCAUUUCACAAUGACAUGGACACAGACUUU